AUGGAUUUCAAUUCAUAUACACCGUUAGCAAACUUUGUUGACCUUUUGAAUAGUCAGCAAGACACUGUAUUUGGUUAUGUCCAAGACAGUGUCGAAGUUUCUUCCUCCCAAGUCCCUCUCUUUAGCAGUCAAGCAACGAAAGAAGAGACUCCUGCAGAGCGUAAGGAAAGGAGGGCAUGGAUGCCAAUAGAUGAUGUUGCCCUCAUUAGCGCUUGGUUAAACACAAGCAAAGACCCGGUUGUAGCUAACGAGCAAAUAGCUGGUGCGUUCUGGAAAAGGAUUGCUGCAUACUUUGCAGCAAGUCCCAAGGUUGCAGGUUCUGAAGUGAGAGAGUCAUCUCAUUGUAAGCAAAGGUGGCAGAAGAUAAACGACCAAGUCAACAAAUUUUGUGGGACAAGCUUUGUCAAGUUGUAG